AUGGCAAGAGGGCUGUACUUUAAUUGGAAACUACCUGUAGCUUAUUUUUUUAGUGCUUCUUCUAUGAGCCAUUCAGUAUUAAAUAAAUUAAUAAUUAGUACCGUUGAAAAACUUUUGGAAGUGGGUCUUCAUUUAAAAGCAAUUGUGUGUGAUCAGGGUGAUUUUUUAUUUAAUGACAAACUUGUUUCUUUUAAAGGCAUUAUAAAAACUUAUACAAUAGAUAAAAAUAGUAACACAAGUAAAUCUUUAACUAAAUUAACUGAUUCUCAUAUAAAUCCGGGGCCAUUCCAAAAAAUGAAUUGCAAAUUGGCAUUUCAAAUUUUUAGCAAUUCUGUAGCCGCCACAAUUCACACUUGUGUGGCUACAGGAGAGUUGAAAUCAAACACAGCUAAAGUUACUGCAAUAUUUGUAAAAAAUAUGAAUGACUUAUUAGAUACUUUAAAUAGCAAUUCUUUAUUUGAUAAAAAUCCAUUAAAAAGUGCUUUGUCAGAAAAUAAAGUGUUGCAGUUCUUAAAUGUAGCUAAAGAAUGGAUCCUAAAUUUACAAAAAAAUACAAAUAAAGGUAUCACUCGUCCACCAUGUUUUAAUGGCAUGGUUUGGAUCUUAACAGCCAUAAUAAAUUUAUAUGAAGAUCAAAAAGAAUUUGGGUUUGAAUACCUUAUGACUGCUAGGUUAAAUCAAGAUUUUCUUGAAAAUACUUUUUCAGUGUACAGACAAAGAGGUGGGUAUAACCGAAACCCUACAUCUAGAACAUUUAGAACUACAUCCCGAAUAAAUUCAAAAAUAAAUUUAAUAAAACCUUCCAAUUCAAAUACUACAAAUAAUUUAGAUUCUGAUUCUGAUCAUAGUACAUCUUCCUCUUUAUCAUUAAACUCUUCUUAUCUAACUUCAACAAUAGAUUCUACAACAAAUAAUUUAAAAAAAAUUACUUUAGAAGAUUGCUCUAACACAUAUUUUGCAGGGUGA